AUGGACCCAACACUCUCUGUCAGCUCCCACAAUUUCACCCCCGCUGCGACCCCCGCCGCAGCCCCCGCCGCAGCCCCCGCUGCAGCCCCCGCCGCGACCCCGGCUGCGCCUCUGAACCCAGAACCCACAAUUGAAGAACACACAAACCAGGUGGAAGCUGAUCCUCUUGAAGAUGACAUGAAUCAGUCUCUAUGGGUUGAUUCUGAGGACAUUUCCGUCGAUGAGGUUGCAGCCUGUCCCUCAGACUCAGAAGAGGCUCUUGCCGUAUCAGAUAUGAUGGAAACAGAUGAUGACAAAGACACAGCAACACUUGAACGUGACAAUUGCCAUGUCAGAAUAUCCUGGGCUUCAUUCACAAAGAGAUGCGCCCUUCUUUCCACGUAUGAUCUACAUCGAGUCCGUUUCAAUGCUCCUGAUAAGGUUAUCUGGAAAAAUCUGGCCCCUAUGGAGUAUUGGAAUAAGUCAAUCUGGAUUAUUCCAGUCCACUGGCAAGCCCAGGAACACUGGGCUCUUGUCAUUGUCCUGGUACAUGAGCAAAAGCUCCUCCUCUUCGACAGCUUGGCUCAGAAGCGAGCUGAAAAAGACCAGAAUGUCAUGUUACUGGUGACCCGCAUGACACUCCUGGCACAUCGAAACGGAUAUGCGCUCCCUUUGAGUUUGGAUGGGGAGGCCUGGACUGCAGAGCCCAUGAUUUCCACUGCAGUUCAGUGCAACAGUUACGAUUGCGGUGUUUGGGUCCUUGUCAUGAUUGCAGCUGUUCUGCGUGGAAUGCUGGGAUCCAACAUCGCUGAACCACAAAUUCCGUUUUUACGGCACACUCUCACCAACUUCAUGCUCACGCUUCCAUGCGUGCCGGCCUGA